CGUUGGCGUUGGCGCCCAUAAUACCGAGAAGUAAAUAAUAUUUGCAAAAAAUAUAUGUACAUGUAAAAUUUAUCGAAAUUGUAAGCCGUUUGAUAUAAUUAAAUCAUUGUAGAUUAAAGAGAAUCGACUUAAUUUGUAAAUAUCUCUAAAUACUUCAAUUAAUGUAAAUUAUGUUCAAUGUCUUUUGUGUUCUGUAUAAUAUUUAAUUAUAUCGUAUGUUUUGAUAAACACGUGUAGUUGCAAGAGAUGAACAUUUUCAAAAAACUUUUAUCUUUUGUGAUUAUCAUACAUUGUGUUUAGUGUUGUGUUGUAAAAUUGUAAGAAUAUGUCAAAGAAGGUUCCACUCCGUCAAACUGAAAUACAACCUACAUUUAAAGGAUUUCUUGAAAGAUUUAAAAAGAAAUCUACCACACAAUCCAGUACUCCAAAAUCAUCAGUCACAGAUUUAGAGCAAAAUGAAAACAAUAGAACCAACAACUAUGAAUCUUGUAAUACUAAACAAUUAGAAAAGAUAUCUAAAAUGUCCAUCAUAUCUAUUGAUAGCGAGGAUUCAUUACUUUAUGGUUCUAUGAAAACACCCACAAAGAUGAUAGAUAACAAUUUGAAUGAUUAUGAGAAAAUGAUGUCAAAUGAUGAAAGUAAAAAGAAAUUUCCUGUAUUGAAAAGUAAAUCAACAUUAAAAAUGAAAUUUAUUCAAUCAUCAGAUAGUGAAAAUGAUAUAGAAACAGUACCAUGUUUGAGUUUAAAUAAAAAGAAAAUAAUUAUUAAUGAUAGCAGUGAAGAACAUGUGCCCAGUCAUUUUCCAUCUAUUAAGAAAGAGGAUAUAUCUUCGUUAAUGUCUCCUGAAAGUGAUGCCUUUAGAGCAGAAGCUGAAGAUAAUAAAGCAAUAGAAAGUGAUGAUCCAAGAACUCCAAGAAAGUUUCUAAAAACUAAAAGAAAAGAAAAUACUGUGAUAUCAGAUUCAGAUAGUAAUAGCCCAGAUUCUAAGAAUAGUUCCAAAGGAACUCCUAAAAAGGAAUGGGUUGGACCAGACUUUAAAUUAAAAUUAAAACCAUUGGGAUUAGGAAAACAGUUAGAUCCUUGGAUACAAUCUGCAAGAGGGAAAUCUAUAAUGUCUUCAGUACCUGCCAUGAAAGAUAAAUUAGAAGACAGAUAUAAGGAUUUAAAAGAUUUGCAAAUAGAAAUUCUUGAGAAAUAUUAUAAUGCAUUAGAUCAAAUCCCAUUACCUGUCUUAGAAAAGUUCCCAAAUUUCAAUGCGCAUACAUUUCAAGAUUUAAGAAUUCUAUAUCAGCAUGUUAAAGCAAAAAUACGUUUGGUAGAAACAAAAUUAACACAUGCACAAUCUAAUGAAAAACAGCCAUCUGUCAAUGAAAAAUCGUGUGAAAUUAUAAGUAGUUCAACAUUACCUAAAAUAAUGGAUACCUCAAAUCAACAAUCAAUUUUAAGUAUAUCAGAUAGUGAUAGUUUUAAUAUGUCUAUUAUUAAUUCCAUUGAUGCAGAACCAAAUUGUGCUAAUGUCAUGGAAGUAGAUAGUACAUUUUCACCAAUAAUAAAAGAGCCAUUGCAGAAAAACAAUGUAUCACAAAUAAAGGAAGAGGAAGAUAAUAAAAAUUUUCAUUAUUCUCCCAUUCAAGCUAAAUCAAAUGAUUCCGUACUUCAGAGCAAGAAAGGUACAUUUCAGUUGAAGAGACCUAUUAAAGCAACUUUAGGAACAGAAGUUUCUAAACGGAUUGGAGAGCUAUGGGAAAAAGAAGAAAAAUCUAAAACUAUCAAUCCCAAGGAGACAAUUUUUACUUCUGAUGUACACACAACUGUUAACGAUUUAUAUAAGUCAGAAGGAACUGAAAUUAAUGAAACUGUAUAUGCUGUACAAAAAAUAAAAAAAGGCUUUCAAUUUAAUGAAAGUUCAAAAUGUGAAAACAAUCAAAAUAAUUUGGGUGGUGCUUUUGAUAACUCAUAUUCUGAAGAUAUAGUUGAUUGCUUAACUCAAGAACUCAAACAAUUUCCCGCGUUAAAUAAGGAUUGUAAUAUAAAGUCAAGUGUGGUGGAUUUAUCAGGUUUUGAAUCAAUGGCUACACAAAAUGCAAAGAAUAUUACUAACGAAAAAGGCAAAGAACAAAAGAAAAUAACUAAACCAAAUGUUGAAAUGGGUACAUUUACUGGCAAUUACAAAAAUGAUGGUAUUAGUGGUGAAUUUGAUAGUCUGACUUAUCCACAUUCACGGGAAAUGUUGAAGAUUUUCAGACAAAAAUUUGGAUUAUAUUCAUUUAGACCAAACCAAUUGCAAGCAAUUAACGCCGCGAUCUUGGGAUUUGACUGCUUUGUUUUAAUGCCAACUGGAGGAGGAAAAUCUUUAUGCUAUCAACUACCAGCACUUUUAUUGCCUGGCGUAACAAUUGUAAUUUCUCCAUUAAAAAGUCUUAUUCUUGAUCAAGUUCAAAAGCUCACAUCUCUCGAUAUUCCAGCCGCGCAUAUGUCUGGUGGACUAACAGACAGUCAGGCAGAUGGAAUAUACAGAGAACUUUCAAAAAGGGAACCGGCUCUUAAGUUACUGUAUGUAACACCAGAAAAAAUAUCCGCGUCUCAAAAAUUUUGCGAUCUUUUAGCUACGUUGUAUGGGAGAGAAUUACUAGCAAGAUUUGUUAUUGAUGAGGCACAUUGUGUAAGUCAGUGGGGUCACGAUUUUCGACCCGAUUAUAAAAAAUUAAAAUGCCUAAGAGAAAAUUAUCCUAAAGUGUCAACAAUUGCUCUCACAGCAACAGCUACACCGAGGGUUAGAACCGAUAUCUUGCACCAAUUAGGACUUACCAAACCAAAGUGGUUCAUGUCAAGUUUCAAUAGGCCUAAUUUAAGGUACACAGUAAUUGCAAAGAAGGGAAAAGCUUGUUCAGAUGAAGUUAUAGCUAUGAUAAAAACGAAAUAUAAGUCCGACUGUGGAAUUGUUUAUUGUUUAUCUCGUAAAGAUUGUGACGCCUACGCGAUACAAAUGAGGAAGAAUGGUAUCAAAGCACUAAGCUAUCAUGCUGGACUUACCGAUGCUAAUAGAAGUGACACUCAAGGUCGAUGGAUUUCGGAAGAAGUUAAAGUUGUUUGUGCAACAAUAGCAUUUGGAAUGGGCAUUGACAAACCAAAUGUACGUUUUGUAAUACACGCCGCGCUUCCAAAAUCAAUCGAAGGUUAUUACCAAGAAAGUGGACGCGCUGGUCGUGAUGGAGAAAAUGCAGACUGUAUUUUAUUUUACAAUUACGCCGAUAUGCAUAGAAUAAGGAAAAUGAUUGAAAUGGAUAAUUCAAAUCCUGCUGUAAUAAAAACUCACAUGGAUAAUUUAUUUAAAAUGGUAUCAUUUUGCGAAAACAAAACGGAUUGUCGUAGAUCAUUGCAACUAAAUUAUUUUGGUGAAGUGUUUCAACGAGAACAAUGCAUCGCUAAUAAAGCAACAUCGUGCGAUAAUUGUAGGUGUAAAGAUGAUUUCACUAUGCUUGAUGCGACAGAUUAUGCAAAAGAUAUUAUGAAAGGUGUUCGUGAUAUUAACCAAAUGAAAAAUUGUAAACUUACAUUAGUGUAUCUUACGGACAUAUUUAAAGGAAGUGAUCUUAAAAAAAUUAGGGAAUCGGGUCUAAAUAAGCUUCCAUUAUAUGGUCUUGGAAGAUCGUGGAAUAGAGGCGACAUAGAACGUCUGCUACAUCAUAUGGUACUUAAGGACUAUUUGCAAGAACAUAUGUAUAUUAAUAAUGAAAUUGCUUGUGCCUAUCUAAAAAUUGGUCCAAAUGCUAGCGAACUUAUGACUCAAAAGGAUGUAAAGGUUAUAAUUCCUAUGAGGUCAUCUGAGAACAGUUCUACUGCAGUGGCAACGGUAUCCGCGGUCACAAAGAAAAUUGAUAAAGUUAUUCUGGAGUUACAAGAACGUUGUUACAAGGAGCUAAUGGAAAUAAUAAAGGGAAUUGCAGGAGCACUCGAUAUUUCAGCAUCCUCUGUUAUGAAUAUGAUAGCUAUCAGGGCAAUGAGUCAAAAACUUCCAGACAAUGAGGAAGCUAUGUUGCAAAUACCACAUGUUACCAAAGCAAAUUUCGAAAAGUAUGGGAAAGCAUUGUUGGAUAUUACACAAAAAUAUGCUGCAGAGAAAUAUGUGUUAUUAAAUGAAGAAACACCGGAAAGUGAGAACGACGACGACGAUACGUGGGUUAAUAACACUUCUACUUAUUCUGGUAAAUCUAACAGAGGCGGUGGUAGGAAGCGUAAAAGUAGAGGCAAUUAUCGAAAUACUGCCAAAAAAUUUAAACGGACUACAUCAAGUACGCAGAAAGGAAAAACUACUACAAAAACAAAAAGUACAACUUCAAGCAAAGGUCCAGGACUUGUAAACUUUACCCAGAAAAAAGAAUAUCUCUCGGAUCCACAUAGAUAUAUGCAAUUUAAUUAAUAACCUUCUUUGUAUCAUAGAUUUGUAACAUAAAAAUUAUGACUGUUCUAACUUAAGAUCUGAUUGCAACAGUAUUAUGUAAAAUUAUUUAUUUUUAUUGAUGAUUUUAAUAAAAGUGUGUGUAAAUAUUGAA